AUGAAAGUUGAAGCGUUCCUCAUAUUCUUCCUGCCUUGCCUGUCCGGCUUACGUCGAGGUCCACAUCAUCCUCACGGACAGAUGCCCCUUGAGAGUCAUAGCCACUACAAACCAAAACAUUCAGACUCCUUAACAAAGGACACGCAAUUACUCCAUGAUGCCAAACAUUUAGAGGAAGACGUGAAAGUAUUAACUGCCGAAGCCAUAGCUAAGAUGACACCAGAGGAAUUGGAAUUCCAUUAUUUCUCAGCACACGAUUACGAUAGGAAUUCUUUGUUGGAUGGGUUAGAAAUGCUUAAGGCUGUCUAUCAUACAAUAGAACACGCUGCUCCCGAUCCUGAAGAAGAUGAAGACAUCGAACCUGAAUCUGAUAAUCUAGAAUUAUAUAUUGCACUAGUGGAUAAAACUCUAAAAUCUGAUGACACAAACAACGAUGGAUACGUAUCUUACGCGGAGUAUAGAGCAGCGAGAGGAAAUACUACGGAAGAUCGGUCACCAAGAGUGUUAGCGGGAAAUGCUGGUUAG